AUGGCUAAAACUGUGAGAAAAGUGAAAAGAGGUAAAGGAAAAGAUACCAAACUACCAGCCAUCAUCAUAACACCACCUGAAGAUAUGAAGUUAGACAAGGAUAACAAUAACAAAGUAGAAGAACCCUCCAAAAUGAAUUUAAACGUAAACGAUCUGAUAGCUCAGCUAUCACAAAACUCAAAAGCUUCUAAAGAAGAGAUUGAAGUCAUCCAGAGGAAACUGUUACUGCAAGCCAAUCAAAUUUUAAAAGUGAACGCGUUCGCUAACCAAGAGCCAAGGGUGAUAGGUGGUACUCAAAAAGGCCCUAUCGGCCCUAUAUAUGGGAAACCUAUACAGCUUUAUAGUAAUCAAGAUGCUCAAUUAGUGCCUGAGAAGUUGCAAGAAAGCGAGGUAAACAAGCAUAGGGUCAAUAUGUUGGGUACGGGAAGUUUUUUCUACGAAACAAGUUCUGACGACCGCUCGAGCAGUGCGCACGCCGCGGCCAACAGAGGUGAAUGUCUUUACCGUUCCGUCAUAUUU